AACCCACAGCAAAUAACAGGAAGCAGAAAAGCAAGAGAGGAGGUCUCUAAGUGGAUACACUGUUGCUGAGUCUAGACGCCAGAAGAAACUUCCAGGCGGUGACUCACAGUUCUAGCACUGCCUAGGAGAUCGUGGUGGCCUCAGCUCAGAAUCUGCAGAAACGCACAGCUCCAUCCACACCACUCGGUAUGGAGCCUCUGGACCAGUGCAGCCAGUAUAUCACCAGCUUGCUCAGCCUUGGAAUCGACGAUGAGAAAGAACUACAGGAUAUGAAUGCUGCGGUGCUGUCGCUUACUGAAGAAGUCAGAGAGGAGGAAGAGUAUGCACAGCCUGAGCCUGAGCAAGGCACAGAAGCAGCAGGAGAAAAGUUAAAGUCAGCAGGAACCCAAGGCGGAGAAGAAAAAGAUGGCGGCAGCACAGGAGCUCCUGGCUACCAAUGGGAAGGAAACCUUGAGGGCAGCAGCGGCAGCGAUGGCGACGAUGAGGCCAGCGACCAGAGCGAGGAGGAACCCGGGCAGCAGGAUUGGCGCCCACAGGGCGCCGUCGGGGGGCUGGAGCCUGGCAACGCGCAGCAGCCCAACGUCCACGCCUUCACCCCAUCGCAGCUGCAGGAGCUGGAGCGCAUUUUCCAACGCAAGCAGUUCCCCAGCGAGUUCCUGCGAAGGAGGCUGGCAGGAAGCAUGAAUGUGACUGAAUUUGCAGUGCAGAUUUGGUUUGAGAAUAGAAGAGCCACCUGGAGGAGACAUCAGAGGGCAUUAAUGGCGAGAAACAUGCCGCCCCUCAUGGUAGUGGGCCAGCCUGCCAUGGUAACCACAGUUGAGGCCAUAAUGGCACCCUUUUCCGUCAGCGGGAUGACAGAUGGUUACUUCUGGGGCCACAGCCAUCCCAGCAGCCUGUUUUUCCCCAUGUCACCCUUUCCUCCUCUGUCCUUGCCCCUUCCACUCAUGUUUCUUCCACCUAUGCUUCUUACACCUAUGCCACCCCCUGACCAGGCCCAAUUUGGCCCGUUCCCUUUUGUUAUCGCGCCUUCUUUCACAUUCCCCAAUGUCUAAGGGAUAGCUCUAUCUCUGUGCCACUUUUUGCCAGAGUGUCUUUGAGCCAGAUUCAUAUUUUGCAUAGCACCCCAUCAAGAGUAGUUCAUCAAAUGUCUAUUAAAUGUUUUAAAGAAAAGUACAUCAUUGACCCAUUUUUAGGGCACUUUUAAAAAUGUUUCUACAAAUAUGUGAAGGGUAUGUACAUUUGUUUUGUGUGUCACAUGGGGUCAGUAAGUUCUGAAUAAAAAUUGUUAAGAAAUGCCGUUCAAACCGAA